AAGAUGCACUCUAUCUUACUUUCGCGCUCGAUUCAUUCCACAGAUUAAAAGUUUUUCAAACAAAACGUUGAAGAGAUCGAUCCAUCGACUACGUAACAAAUCACUCUCUGUAUUUGCGAAUAAAUUGGAUAUUUUUUGUGAAAAAGAUUCGAAGAUGCCUUCGUUGUUAUUUCAUCAUUGGAUCGCCGGUUGGCUCUUGCUGGGUUUAUUUGGAUCAAACAUGUCUGAUUGUCAAAAUUUAUACUUGAUGCCGUACGGAACUUAUUACGACGAUUACCGAAUUGAAUCAAACGAUCGUGUCAAAUAUGUCGUACCGGAAACGUAUUAUCAAUACUCACCUCCUGUAGAUUCAGAUCUCGAAAAUAAUAUUUUAAGAAAGAAUCGUUUGAAUUUUCCGCCGUCGAAUCCAUCAAGCUACGAUUAUAUCGCUCCGUCACAGAAUAUCCUGGAUAAUAAACGUCGUCCUGAUGAAAACGAUGAGAAUAACGUUUGGUUGGAUGAAGAGAUUCUUGAAAAAAUGAAUGCACUCGAAAGAAUGCUAUCGGAUGAGUCGAACGAGAAGGAUUUCGAGACGAAAAAUUCUAUCAACGAUAAAAUCAUUUCGGACUCAAUCAUGCCGGAAGAAACAAAGAGGGUCGUCAGACAAGUUCGUAAACAGAGACCAGGAUUCUUUUGGACUCUGGCGAAGCUCGCUUUUGAGACGUUCAACGAUACUCAAUCGGCAAUCAAACAAAUUACUUCAAUAAUUAGUAACAGUAUUGGACCGGAUACCACAACUAAUAGAUCGACGAGCAGCGAUUCGUUGAUGGAAUCGAGUAAAACAUCGAUGAUGAGAGAUAGAAAUGAGACUGCAAUAACGACAGAAGCCACAAUGACGAACACGAAACAAACUCCAGUACUUACAAGAAGUGAACUUCAAUCAUUAAUUACCAGAAACAUCAAAGGAUUGAUUCGGUUAUUUAACAUUGAGUGGCAGGACGCCCUUAAACAAUCGGAUGUUAAUGUGGAUGAAUUUAGAAAGGAUCUUGGUAAGCAAGUAGGAACGUAUUUACAAGAUAAUCCCAAUGCUUAUUGAAAACGGAUCAGUUGAGACUUAGUAUAUAUAUGUAUAUACAUAUGUGUGUACGUGUAAAAUGGAACAGAUUUCUCUUAGACGUAAAAUAUGUAAAAUACGUCAUAAUUUAAUUAUACUUAUUUAACGAUGAAACAGCCAAAGAUCCGUUAUAAAAAAAAAAAGAAGUUAAUUACAUAGAUACUACACGCGUGAAAUAUCACAAAUUAACUGUAUCUACAAUGUAACAUAAUUUGAGAUACUUAAUAGCUUUAAAUACGUAAUAACAACUGUAUAGUCUUUAUAAGCAUUCUUUUAUAAUAUUCAGGAAUAGUAAACCGUAUUGCAAAUUAUAUCGUAAAAACAAAAUGUCGCGUAAACAUCAAAUAUUGUAGUAUAUAUUUCUUUAUAAUGUAUCAUAUCGAUAUAAAAGAAAUUUGAAAAUGAAAAGCUUUUUUCAAAACGAUUAAUUCAUUCUUGUCAAACGAUGUGAGGAUAGACAAAUUUAAUAUGUUUAGUUACAUAAUCGGUAUAGUUGUUGGGAUAUUAAGUUGCAUAACAACAUACUACAAAGCCCACGCACGAUAUAUCGCCAACACGUACGUAAAUUAAAAAGUGAUGAAAAGAAAAGGAUGUUGGUGAUAUGAAAAAGGAGAGGAGAUUAUAAAAGAAGUCGUUGACCGUACAUUACGACCGUACAUUACAUAUCGAUAUUGCGUUAUGUAGAAAGCACCUUUCCUCGAUAAGGAGAUUAAAAAAAUAGUUUCAUGAGCAACCGAAUUCCGAUUGGCCGAGAAUCAGCGUGGGAUCUCUCGAUCGCGCCCUUAUAGAUCGGUUCACUCGAUCUUCCUGGCAAUCGUAUCUGGACCGGUGAUGCUGAAUGAAAGGCAGCUUUCUCAGCACCUUUCCUUUUCGUUCGAUCAUGCGAGUUUACUUUCUGAUUGGUGUCAUUGCUCUCGCGGCUGCAUUGGAGGAUGUAAGUUUAAAUAACAAAAUUGAGUAAUCGUAAUGUAAUGUAGAGGUGUUAUAAUAAACAUUUGUAAAUAAUAA